AUGAAGCCUCAUGAACACUUGCGAAGUACUAAUUCGUCGACCCUGGGGGAUGAAGGACCUGGUUGGCACUACUGCGGUUUCGAACUACCGACCGUACCAGUAGCCGCUGAACCUCUUACCGACUGCUCGAGAACUAAGAAAAAAGAAAAAUGUGCUGUAAGACCAGAACACUGUAAUAUUUAUUGCAGGGAACAAAUCAGAUCUAAAAUGCUACGAUGGUCGUCACUAAGAAGAAAGCAACAUCGUCAGUUAAUGGGUGAGUUAGUUGAGGGGAAAAAUAGAAGUCGUCUGUGGAGAAUAGAAGGGUUUGGAGGAUCUCAAGCUCAGAGGAGACUAAGGAAACGUUAA